AUGUAUGUGACAUACUCAGGUCAAAUGAAUAACAUGUCAACAUUGAUUAUCUUCUUCUCGUUGAUCGUUCUUAUCCAAGCAAAAACAUUACCAAGUGAUUUUAUGUUAUUGGGUCUAACGCCAAUUACUCCAUUAAUCAAUGGUCUGCCAUGUCAAGCAUAUCGUCCGUUUCUUGGAGAGAAUACUGAUUAUCUAUGUUCAAAAGUUCCUCAUUUACAUCAGAUCCUUUACCAAUCGAAUCUUGAAAGUCGCGAACGAUGUCGAUACCAUUUUCGCGACCAUCCAUGGGGUUGUCAACUGAGUUCAAAACUUGUCCCAUUAAGAAGAUUUCUACGGCAAGGUAAGCGUUAUCUUUCUAAUUUUCUUCUCAUUAAUAAUCUUUCGUUGAAAAUAGCAUCAAAAGAAGCGUCAUUUUACACGACAUUAACCAGUGCAACGCUAACAUUAAACUUAAUCAAUGCAUGUAUUAGAGGUCAAAUUAAUGAUACCGAUUGUUUAUGUUCGAAACCCGGACAAUUAUGUCAAAUAGAUUCAAAGAUUGCUUUUCAACUAUCUCAUUUAAUCACUGAUGGAAUGAACAUGACGAAAACUUUCCAGCAGAAGUUUCUGUUUCAAUUAAAUCAAGCUAACAAAGAACUCGGCCGAAAAAUCGUGCAAUCACUGAUGAAAAAAGAAUGUCGUUGCCAUGGUGUCAGUGGCUCAUGUGAAUUACAAAUCUGUCGAUUACAUCCAGCGAAAUUAGAUGACAUGAGUAGUGAAAUCUAUUUGAAUGCAUAUCAAAAUGCUCGUUACAUGGAAUCGAGUGAAUUUCUGGCAUUGAACGAAAGAACUCAACUAUUUUAUGCACGGAAAUCAAUAAACUACUGUCGUUCCAACUCAUUUAUUGAUUAUCAAGGUAUAACACAAGGACGAGAAUGUUUUAGUAAUGACGGAUGUGAACAAGUGUGCUGUCACCACGGCUAUGAAGUCAUCACUGAAAUGAAAUCGAUUGCAAAUUGCCAUUGCUACUUUUCAUGGAACAUCGUCAAUGUUCAAUGUCAACCAUUGUUGUUAUUAAUCGUUCUGAUAUUGAUUACAUUUCUAACUGACAAUGGCAAUUGUAAUCACGAUGAUCAUAGUCGAACGUAUAUUCAUCACUAUUAUCCACCACAAUUUCGCGCUUCACAUAGUCCAUCUUACGAUUUUAUCUAUAUCCCAGGUGACAUUAUUCUUGGCGGUUUUUUUCCUAUUCAUCAACCACCGUCGAAUGAAUUCGGUAGUAAUCAAUGUGCUGCCAUUAAACGUGAACGCGGAAUCCAACGUCUUGAAGCAAUGAUGUUUGCAUUAGAUGUGAUCAAUAACCGAUCAGGCUAUUUAAUGUCGUCAAUAUUGAAUAAGUAUCAGAUUCGAUUCGGUGCACUGAUUUAUGAUUCAUGUGACUAUGAAUCGUAUGCUGUUGAACGUGCACUCAACAUGCUAUUACCUUCACUUGAUCAUUGCAUGCCAAUAGCUGCACAGAAUCCAUCGGCAUUUGUGGCUGGUGUUAUCGGCAGUGCAUCAAGUAUUGUGUCGAUGGCUAUAGCAGAUAUUCUUCGUUUAGCAGAAAUUCCACAAAUAUCGUAUGCAUCAACAAGUACAGAUCUAAGUCAAAAGCCCCGUUUUCAAUAUUUCUCGCGCGUUGUUCCACCUGAUACGUAUCAAGCUGAAGCUGUGGUUAGCAUUAUUCAGUUUCUCAAUUGGACGUACGUUGCAGUUGUUAAAGAAUCGGGCUCCUACGGCGAACGUCUAACGGAUGACUUUAAGUCAAAAUUAAAGAAUAAAACUAUUUGUAUCGCUGGUGAAUUGUCAGUAAAUAACAAAGAUCUGAAUUCCUAUGUUCGCGUAAUUCGAGAACUGUAUGAAGAUGAAAAGUAUCGUUCGGUGGUUGGUGUCAUUGUUUUUGCACAAGAAGAUUCUGUUAGACAAAUUCUCAAUCAAACAUCAUCGAGAGAUGAAUUAUAUGGCCGAUGGGUUUUUCUCGGCACCGAUGGGUGGGGAAAGAAGAGAUAUCCGGUGGAAAAUUUCGGCAUUGCUGCUAUUAAUUCCAUUACAAUUGCACCAAAACUGUAUUUGAUACCAGAGUUUGAUGCAUAUUUUACCAAUCUGAUUCCGUCUAAAAACACACGAAAUCCCUGGUUUCAAGAAUAUUGGGAAGAAACAUACAAAUGUAAAUUUCCUGACACGCCGAGAACACUAUUUAAUCGAAAUUUUACUCGACUAUGCACAGAUACUGAUCAUACGCAUGCGAAUCUAUCGGUUCCAUACACCCAAGAAGGUUAUGUUCAUUAUGUUGUUGACUCUGUUUUCACACUUGUCAUUGCGAUACAAAAAUUAAUCGAAGACAAAUGUCUGCAUUCGUUGCACGAUAAACUAUUAUGUGACGAAUUCUUUCCUUUCGAUGGUACGAAACUGCUGAUUUUGCUGCGAAAUACAACCUUUCGAAAUGAAUUAUCGAAGCGUAUUAUCAAGUUCACGACCGAUGGAGAUGGUAUUGGUACCUAUGAUAUAUUUCAAUAUCAAAUGCUUGAUUCAUCUGAUCGACAUGAUUAUUUAACUAUUGGAGAAUUCACUGAUAGUGAUCAAAGUAACGAGAGAGUGCGCAUCAAUGUUCAGUCAUUAAAAUGGGUUGAAUAUGACCAUGGAUCAUCCCAAUGGACAGAUAUUUCUGUUACACCACGAUCGUUUUGUAGUAAACCUUGUCAUCCUGGUGAAAUUCGUACGAAUAUAGAUUCACAGCAAUGUUGCUGGACAUGUCGAGCAUGUGAAACGUUUAGUAUAGCCAUAAAUGAAACAGCAUGUCAAGCUUGUCCAGAAAAAGAAGUGCCCAAUGUCGACUCGACGAAAUGUAUAGUCAUACCCGAAGAAUAUUUAUCACCGCGUGAUAUUAUUGCAUGGCCAGCAUUGGUUCUUAGUUGUAUUGGCCUAUUAAUGGCCAUUUAUACUGUUGUUAUUUUCAUACGGUUUGCUCAAACACCAGUUAUAAAAGCAUCCUCACGUGAAUUAAGUUUUUUUCUUUUAUUUGGUAUCUGUUGCUGUCACCUUUGUACAUGGCCUUUGAUUCUCAAACCACAUGCUAUUACAUGUCUUUUCAUACGUCUUGGCGUUGGAUUAAGUUUAACUAUAUGUCUAGCUGCACUACUGACGAAAACCAAUCGUUUAGCACGAAUAUUUAAUAACAGUCAACGUUUAACUCAACCAUCCUGUUUAUCACCUCGAUCACAACUAGGUAUUUGCGGUGGUAUAGUUAGUGCACAAUUAAUAAGUGUACUACUAUGGAUAAUCAUAUCUCGGCCAUACACACGUAUUAAAUCCGAACAGAAACAUAAUCAAAAACGUUCGAUUUUAGUAUGUCAAACUAAUAAUGAAUAUAUUGUAUGUUCAUUGAUUUAUAAUAUGAUCUUGGGUAUAUAUUGUACAUUAUAUGCGAUUAAAACACGACAUAUUCCAGAAAAUUUCAAUGAAGCAAAACAUAUUGGUUUUGCCAUGUACUCCGUUUGUAUCAUAUGGUUAGCAUUCAUAGCAAUCUUCUUUGGUCUUCGAAGUAGUGACAAUUGGUUUCGGAUUCAAUUGGUAACUCUGGCUAUUUGUCUUAGUUUAUCCGCGACUGUCAUACUUUUAUGUUUAUUUGCACCAAAAUUAUAUAUUGUUUUAUUCAAUCCGUCCAAGAAUAUUCACGUGAAAUUUAAGACAACACUAUCCACUCCACAAACAUCGAUUGAACGUCCGAGCACAAGUAAUAAUCAAGAAGAACUUUCGACCACAGCUGCAAUGAACCAUCGUCGUCGUCGACACACAUCAUCUGACUACACAACCGAAGUGUCAUUAUUUAAUUCGAAAUCAGAUAGUUGGGCACUAAAUUUAAAUGACGAGACAACGCAAACAGCAAGUAUUAGUGGCGGUAGUUCAUUUCUAAACGAUGCAUGUACAGAUGCUGAACGACAACAACAACGUCAUUAUACAUCUACACACGAUAAUGAAACAACUGAUCUUUUGUCAACAUCUAAACAACGAACUAAUUCCAAUUAUUUACAACAUACUCCAUUGAAGCCGACAUCGUCAAAUUUAGUAUCGGCAGCUGAAAAUCCAUGGAAGAAAUUGAGUAAUGUCCGAUACAAACUUGAUGGAAAUGAUGUUAGUCAACAGAACUCACAUUACCAUCAUGUUCAUGCGCAGCAUAUCAGUUUUGUUUGA